UCCUCAGGGGCCGCCACAGAGCGCACGGAGCACGCCGCAUUCGCUUCCGCGCAGGAGUACAAAGAAGCUUUGGAGGCGAUACGAAGGCACACUGGCGCAGAGCGCAGCAAACCGCAGCGUACCCUGGAGGCCGAGCCCGAGGAGUCGCAGCAGGAGAUUGACCAGGAGUACCUGGACGAGCUGCUAGUACCGGAGCCGUGGGAGCUCAACAAUACCGCUCGGGCUGGCAUGGAGCUGCUGUUCUUCAACCGUGUGCCCAAGGUCGGCAGCCAGACCUUCAUGGAACUGCUGAGGCGGCUGGCUAUUAGGAACCAGUUUGGGUUCCACCGGGACGCCGUGCAGCGCGUGGAGACCAUCCGCCUGGCGCCGGCCGACCAGCAGGUGCUGGCGGGGCUGGUGGCUGCGCACGCGCCGCCCGCCUCCUACAUCAAGCACGUCUGCUACACUAACUUCACUAGGUUCGGCUAUCCAUCUCCAAUCUACGUGAACGUUGUCCGGGACCCCGUGGAGCGAGUAAUAUCGUGGUACUACUACGUCAGGGCCCCCUGGUACUAUGUGGAGAGAAAAAGAGCGUUCCCCGAUUUACCGUUGCCUGACCCGGCUUGGUUAAAAAAGGACUUCGAGACCUGUGUGCUGAGUGGUGACCGCGAGUGCCGGUACAUUGAGGGCGAGACGCACGAGGGAAUCGGGGACCACCGACGCCAGACGCUGUUCUUCUGUGGACACGAGCCUCAGUGCACGCCAUUCAACAGCGUGGAAGCUCUCCAGCGCGCCAAGCGAGUGGUGGAGCAGCAGUAUGCGGUGGUGGGAGUGCUAGAAGACAUGAACUCAACACUGCUUGCGUUGGAAAGAUACAUCCCGCGGUUCUUCCAAGGGGCACUGCGCUUGUAUUGGGAGGAGCUGAACACAUUCAACCGCAUCAACCGCAACGCGUUCAAGCCGCCCGUCUCCGAGGCUGUAAAACAAAUCGUCCGCGCUAACUUCACUAGAGAGAUAGAAUUCUAUGAGUUCUGCAAGCAAAGACUGCACAUGCAACUGCGGGCCCUAAGGGACCCUUCCAUCACACCCCCUACCACCAGGACCGCGAGGAGACGAAGAGCCCAAAGGAUAUUUAGGAGACCGCAGAAGUGAGACCCACAGACAGUUAGUUAAGUUAGUGUGAAAGUAUUCUAAAAAGACUACGUCUUCCUGCUUUUAGUGUAUCGUGGACAGUGUAAGUUCACGAUGGUCAGUUUGUAAAAAAGUGCGUCCUAAUGCGAUCCUUUAGGACACAGUGGUAGCUAUCAUCAUCAUUAUCAUCAUCAUCAUCAUCAUCAUCAUCAUCAUCAUCAUCAUCAUCAUCAUCAUCAUCAUCAUCAUCAUCAUAAUUA